AGGAGGAAGACUGGGUCCUGGAAGCCGGCGCGCGCAUGCAGGAGACCAUGAACGGCGACCGGACGGAGAGCGACUGGCAGGGGCUGGUGAGCGAGUAUCUGGUGUGUAAAAGGAAGCUGGAGAGCAAGAAGGAAGCCCUGCUAAUCCUUUCCAAGGAGCUGGACACUUGCCAGCAGGAAAGAGACCAGUACAAGCUCAUGGCCAAUCAGCUCCGAGAACGCCACCAGUCCCUGAAGAAGAAAUAUCGGGAGCUGAUCGAUGGCGAUCCAUCACUUCCACCGGAGAAGAGGAGACAGGCUAAUCUUGCACAACUAUUGAGAGAUACUCAAGACCGGAAUAAACAUCUGGGAGAAGAACUUAAAGAACUUCAGCAGAGGCUGGGAGAAGUCCAGGGUGACAAUAAGCUCUUAAGGAUGACAAUUGCCAAACAGAGGCUGGGAGACGAAGAGAUCGGUGUGCGCCACUUUGCAGCCCAUGAACGUGAAGACUUGGUUCAGCAGCUGGAGAGAGCUAAGGAACAGAUGGAGUCUUUGGAGCAUGACCUGCAGUCUUCUCUGGAUGAGCUUCAGGAUGUUAAAGAAGAGCGGUCUUCCUACCAGGACAAAGUGGACAGGCUGAACCAGGAGCUCAACCAUAUCCUGGGCGGGCAUGAGAACCGCAUCAUUGACGUGGACGCUCUGUGCAUGGAGAACAGGUACCUCCAAGAGAGAUUAAAACAACUCCAUGAAGAAGUCAACCUCCUGAAAUCUAACAUUGCCAAGUACAAGAAUGCUCUCGAAAGACGGAAAAACUCAAAGGGCCAGAGUAAAUCCAACAGCAGUGCUCUGACUGGGGUCUUGUCUGCAAAGCAAGUUCAGGAUUUGUUAUCUGAAGACCACGGGUGCAGUCUUCCCGCCACGCCACAGUCUAUUUCUGACCUGAAAUCUCUGGCUACAGCCCUGUUGGAGACAAUCCAUGAGAAGAACAUGGUCAUCCAGCACCAGAGGCAAACAAACAAGAUCCUAGGGAAUCGUGUGGCUGAACUGGAGAAAAAACUAAGAACUCUGGAAGUUUCUGGUUUGUGGAGCCUUCCAGGAGGCAAGGACACCAUACUGUUCAGUGAGCCCACUCUUCCCACCAUCCAGGGAUCAAGAGCCCCACUGCUGAAGUUCAUGGAGCAGCCCACCCAGAGCCCAGCGAACCCCACGAGUGGGGAGGUUCAGAAGCAAGAACAAGAUGAAAGGUGUGCCGCUGCCGAGGUGUUGACAGCACCAGAGGAUGCAGGGAGGCUCGCUGUCAACUCCCCAGCCAAUCAGAACCCCGGGAACCAGCUCAAGCACUUUCAUCCUUCAUUCCCCCAGUUACCUUCUGAGGAGGAAGAAGUAAACAGGCUAGGAAGGGAAAUAAUUAAACUGACAAAGGAACAGGCAGCUAAGGAACCAGAAGGGGACAGAAGAGAAAAUCUUCAGAGUCCCGUGGAAGGGCAGCAGAACGAAGUGGGGCCAGCAUCCCAGGAAGAGCUCCCCAAACCUGGCCCGGACUCCUCCGAGGCCAGCCAGCCAGUGCCUGGUGGUGAUCCCACACCAGGAGAUGGCGCAGGACCCCCAGAGGACCGAGGCUCAAGGAGUACCAUGCAGACAUGA